AUGCGUCUACUGACCCCGUCGCUCGCUCUUCUGCUACUGCUCGUGCCACUGGACGAUCUCUGGAUCGAGCCAGUCCAGGCAUCCAUCUUCUCCUCCGCCCCGAGCUCGGAAGUCGCGCCUAGCUGUGGCCCAUCCUAUGAGGCCUGUCCCGUCAGCUCACCCUGCUGCAACAACGGAACAUGCCACGAGACAUCUCUGAUGGCCUGCUCGAUGUCUCUGGGUUGCGAGCCCCGGUAUUCUCACCCGCUCGACGACAAGUCUUCCUCCAAGAAGAAGAACAAGAAGAAAUCGAAACGGGGUGAGGACAAUGACGAAGAAUACGAAGACGAUGGGGACCCGAGGAGCUGUUUCCCCCUGCCGGUGUGUCGAUCGUUCAAGGAGACGUUCAAGCAUAACGAUGCGGAUAAGAAGGGACAGCACAAGCUCUUGGUCCCGAAACUGGAUUUCGUUGGAGACCCAGAUCUGGCUCAUUGGACCUCAGAAUUCGAUCAUAUCGCGCCCAAUGCGGUCGUGGAUCCGAAGCAGAAGCGGUUGGUUCUCAAGGCUAAACGAGACACGGUAAAGACACAGAGUGGCGGCGGAUUCGGCGCGACGAUUUCCUCGACCCGCUGGAACCUUUACGGAAGCUUCUCUGCCAAGCUCAAGUCCGGCGCCACCGGUCCCGGAAUCGUCACUGCGAUGAUGCUCUCAAACCCCAUGCGUGGUGAAGAGAUCACGAUCGAGGUCACCGGUCGAGACCCCCAUACGGUCGUCACGGAUUUCUAUAGCCACUCCGCAAGGGAUUCGCACUCGAGCAAGGGUACGGGAUCCUGGUUACCGUCGCUGAACUUGAAAUCUGUAGUGCCCUCGAUGGAUGGAUUGCGUGUGCGGACAAGGAAACUGAAGGCGAUGAUCUUGCCAAAGACACAAGAGAAGAAGAAUAAGGAGCAUGAUCAGGAUGAGGACGAGAAGGAAGAGGAAGUGGAGGAGGAUAACUCGUUGGAAGAAUCACAUGCGCUGAAAAGAUCUGCGGUCGACCACGAUUUGGUCUACAAGAUCGA